UGUGUGUUAUCAGUUGGUGUGAAGAAGGUCAAUGUGGGGCAGACCGUAUAAAAGGCUGUCGUGCAUGAAACAGUGUUCGUGCGUCUCCAGGUUCCCAAACGACUGUCUUCACGAUGUUCGCCACUACAUUCCUGUGUGCACUCAUCGCUUUCGCCACGGUAGAAUGCCUCAUCUUCAACAAACUGGAUGUUCAACCGUGCAAGAGUGCUGCUGACUUGGAAAGUCUGAAGGAAUUCCGUGUAACGCACUGCCACACUCUACCAUGCAAGGUGACCACGUCGGAUGUUCCAAAGUUCGAGGUAGAUUUUGUUGCAAAGAGAGACUCUGAUGCCUUACGAGUUUAUGUAAAGGGCUCGUUAGUCCCUGGUUCAACCCCAACCGUUUUGCCGGCUUUCAACUCUGAUGCCUGCAACAACAUGGGAGUUGAGUGUCCAGUUACUGCCGGCAAGCAAUACACUGCCAAGUCUGAGUUCAAGCUGGCGGUUCCCGGCCUUCCUCCUAGCGCACUUCCAUUAUCAACCGAGGCCGUCUUCUCCGGAAAGGACGCUGGAGGAGAAUUCUUCUGCUUCAAAGUUCCCGUGGUACUGUCUAAACCAUAAAUGGGGACCCAUAGACAGACACAAGACAACCAACAUGUAGCAUGCUAAUAAAACGUUUACUGUUGCGCAUUUUGCGUAUAUUA